UUACGAAACAUGUCGACAUCCGAUUCUGAGUCGAGUACAGCAACAACAGCGGAAAAUAUUGAAUUGAACAGUCGCGAAUUCGAUUUAGAAGACGAAGAUCAAUCGUCAUCAAAUGCGCUCCAAAACACCGAUGGCGAUUUUGAGUACGGCCAAGCUGCAGCAUAUGAAAACGAACCAUUUGCUGAUGAGUGGUUAGAAAACUAUAAUAGAGAUACAGAAGAACAAAGACGCCAAACAGAAGAGCUCGAACGCAGAAUGCAAAAUGAAGUUCCUCUUGAUUCUUGGUGCAAUUGUGGUAACUGCCGUGUUCCUCUCUUGGUUAAUUCAAAAGAAUGUAGAUGUUGCCACGAAAUUAUCAAUUGCAUGAUUGAAAUGCAAGAUCAUAUGGUGGUAUCCGAAUUAGGAAGACAGCCAAAAUGCAUAACAGAGCAUCCAGGAUUUGAUGCCAUUUGCCUCAAUCGAUGGGCAUUAAAUUUAGCUGCCAAUCUUUACCAAAGACGAGAUGGAGUUAGACAUCGUAAACGAUUCUUGGAGCAAAGGUUUUUUCGAGUUGUUGCAUAUAGGCAAUUUACAAGAAUGGUACAUGGCAUUCUUCGAGACAAAAGAAUUCCACUUCCAGCUUGUGCUUAUCAUGUUAUUCGAACAACUUUUAAUUUAAAAAAAAUGAACACUUUGCAGGGUAUGAAGAGGACAAUUUGUAAAAUAACAUAACAUUAUAUAUUAUUCUAGGUGUUGUGUGCAUGAGCCCAGCUAGUAGGGAUCCAGUGAAGUGUGGAAUGAUUUAAGCCACUCUUGAUGUAUUGCAUCUUCAAUUCACACUCAUUCUUGUUAUACAAAACAUACAAAAUUACAAUUCCUUUCUCUUUAUUCUUUCCAUGCAGUCAUUUCACACUUCACUGAAUCCCAACUAACUGGGCUCAUACC